AACCGCUAGAGUUCGCCUUCAACCGUUGAAAGCCGGCGCAGUGCGACUGAUCCUUUCCUUCCUCUGUGUCUCCGUGUCUGGGAUUUCGUUCAGCACAGCUGUGUGAGGAGAGAGUGUAUGGUUUUUGAACCCGUGAAUAUUUGUCUGGACCGCGCUGGUCGCCGCAGCUGAAGUGCCGAGAGGCUAUGUGAGAAGAAACGUGCCGAACCGAAGUGCGAGGACAGGUGCUGCUUGAUGGAAGCAGCCAAACAGCCAUCUGCUCUAGAACACUUCUAGCCCCUGGAAAGGAGCUGUCUCGUACUUGCAGAACUGAUUAAUGUCUUCGUCUCGCUCACCAAAAGACAUACCUGGCAGAUAGACCGAGAGAGUAAGAGAGAGCUGCUGAUGAAGGGGUGAGAGAUGCGUGUUCUCAACGGAGUGCUUAACCUGAGCAGCAGGGGCUGUACCUUUGGGGCCAUAAAUGAGACUAAAGAAAUGGAAAAAAGGAAAAGACAAGGGGAUGAGAGCCAUCAAUUCUUUCCCAGGAGAAAAUAAGCACAAACUAACCUGAGGUGGUGAUAGACUACAACCCAACAAGAGAACCCUGUAUAAGUACAAAUACUGUGGCCACAAAAGAAUAAUAAAAGUUAGAAGAAAAAAAAAAACUGAAGAUCUUAUAUAAAAAACUUCUAUUGUUGCCUAGACUCUGGACACCAAUUUCACUUUGUCUACAGAAAAAAAAAUACAGCUGACUAUCCUGCCAGAAUACUGUGAGGCUCUGUCCAGCCUAGUAGAAACUAAACGUGACAUCACUACCUAAUUGUUCCUAUCAAUGUUCAUGAUCUCCAGAAAGGCAUACAUGGCUUGUAGUGGUGGUGUCGUGAUGAGUGCCUUCUUCUGGUCUAUGGCCAUAAUCUAUCUGACUCACAUAGGUGGAGUGAAAGGUGACUGCUGGCUCAUUGAAGGGGAAAAGGGCUUUGUUUGGCUUGCCAUCUGCAGCCAAAACCAGCCACCUUAUGAGGCCAUUCCUCAGCAUAUCAAUAGCACCAUUGUGGACCUUCGCUUGAAUGAAAAUAAGAUUAAAAGUAUCCAUUAUUCUGCCCUCAGCCGCUUUGCCAACCUAACAUACCUGAACUUAACAAAAAAUGACAUCAGUUAUAUAGAGGAUGGGGCUUUUUCAGCUCAAUUCAACUUACAGGUACUCCAGCUAGGUUUCAAUAAACUCCGUAACCUAACAGAAGGGAUUCUCAGGGGGUUAGGAAAGCUGCAGUACCUCUACCUCCAGGCCAACCUGAUUGAGACUGUGACACCCAAUGCCUUUUGGGAGUGCCCAAAUAUAGAAAACAUAGACCUCUCUAUGAAUCGCAUUCAGGUGCUAGAUGGAAACACCUUCACCAGCCUCACCAAGCUGACAACCUGUGAGCUUUACACCAACCCAUUCAACUGCUCUUGUGAGCUUCUGGGGUUUGUCAAGUGGCUGUCAGUCUUCCCCAACAGAACAAAUGAACGGAUGGUAUGUGAUUCUCCUGCAGGUGUUUCUGGUUACAGUCUUCUAAGCCAGAACCCGAACAAUCCUACUCAGCGCAAUGCACUGCAUAUGCUGUCCACUGUGUGCACGGAGGACUAUGUGACUCCGUAUAUCCCUGUGCCUCCUGAGACCACGACUUUCUCUCCAGAUGUUACCCCUUGUGAGCUGGAGGACUGUCCUUCUGGUAGUGAGCCAGAGGAAAUAAGCAUUAGUCCCACUUACCCAGACCUUGAUGUAAAACCAAUUAUGAAGCUAAAACAAGUCUCCCAUACAAAUGCAGUGAUUAAUGUUCAGAUACCCCAUCCUUAUAAGAAAAUGUACAUCCUUGUUUUGUACAACAACAGUUUCUUUACAGACAUUCAGAAUCUAAAACGACAAAAGGAAGACGUUGAGUUAAAGAACCUAAAACCUCACACUGAGUAUACCUACUGUGUGGCCUCCAUACGCAACUCUUUGCGCUAUAACCAUACGUGUCUCACGUUAUCCACAGGCCCCCAAACUGGGAAAGUGAUAGAGACUAAUAAUGCUACAGCCACCCACUACAUAAUGACCAUCCUAGGAUGCCUUUUCAGUAUGGUCAUUGUUUUAGGAAUGGUCUACUAUUGCUUACGAAAGAAAAGGUACCAAGAGGAAAAGCACAAAAAGGCAGGUAGUAUGAAGAAGAAUAUAAUAGAGCUUAAAUAUGGUGGUGAACUGGAGGGAGGGACUAUAUCCAGGGUGUCUCAAAAGCAAAUAAUGGCUGCGGAGAGUAUGUCUCGGAUGCCAUAUUUGCCUUCUGGGAGUGAGAUGGAUCAGUACAAAAUUCAGGACAUAAGUGAUACACCAAAAAUGACUAAGGGCAACUACAUGGAUGUGAGAACAGCUGAGCAUCAAGACCGAAGAGAGUGUGAGAUGCCUAUGCCAAGCAAUAGUCAGGGUUCUGUUGCUGAGAUCUCCACAAUCGCAAAAGAGGUGGACAAAGUCAACCAGAUUAUUAACAAUUGCAUUGAUGCUCUGAAGUCAGAGUCAACUUCUUUCCAAGGAGUCAAAUCUGGAGCUGUUUCAACAGCAGAGCCGCAGUUAGUUCUGAUCUCAGAGCAACCCCAGAGCAAAUCUGGCUUUCUGUCCCCUGUUUACAAGGACAGCUACCACCACUCCUUACAGAGACACCACUCCUCAAACACCUCCCCAAAGCGACCCAGCACGGCAACCGGCGGUCCCAUGCGUAGUCCGAGGCCCUACCGCUCAGAGGGGGCAUAUAAAUCAGACUCAAAAUACAUAGAGAAAACCUCGCCUACAGGUGAGACCAUCAUGACCAUUACUCCAGCUGCCGCUAUACUAAGAGCAGAGGCAGAGAAGAUACGUCAGUACAGUGAACACAGACACUCCUACCCUGAUGCCCAAAUUGAGGAGCUUGAGGGACCAGAGAAUCGUAAAGCAUCCAUCCUGGAGCCUCUGACAAGGCCUCGGCCCAGAGACUUGGCCUAUUCUCAGCUGUCUCCUCAGUACCAUAACCUUAGCUACUCCUCCAGCCCUGAGUAUUACUGCAAACCAACUCACAGCAUCUGGGAACGCUUCAAGCUCCAUCGCAAACGGCACAAAGAUGAGGAAUACAUGGCAGCAGGCCAUGCCCUGCGUAAAAAAGUGCAGUUCGCCAAGGAUGAGGACCUGCAUGACAUUCUAGAUUACUGGAAAGGUGUGUCCGCUCAACAUAAGUCUUAAUCUUCUCAAGUGUUUCUUCAAGUGGCUUUUUGUUGGACUGUGACAAAAGAAUGAGUUUUGAAUUGCAUUUUAAUGGAGGACAUAGCCAACUUUGACUAAUGGGGAAUGUGGGAAAUGGGAAAUAUACUCUUAGUUUUGUAAAUUUACCAAAAGGAUAUAUACAAGAUAAGAAAAAAAAAAUCUAUAUGUUCAAGUGGAUUAUAAGUAUUUGGUUCCGCAUGGCCAAGUCCUGUGACAAUGGAUUUUCUACUGUGUAUAGUGAGAGGAAAAAAAAAAAAAAAAACCACACACACACACUGACAGAUGUCUUCUGGAAAUAUGUUUCUUCUCACUGUACAUUGAUUAACAGUUCUCCAUAUACAGUAUAUUGAGUUAUAAAUACAAAGGGACUAAUGUACAAUAUAAUGUUUUUAUACUUACAGUAAGAGAUCGUUUAUGGUUAUGAAGGAAAAGCAAAUAGGAAACGUUUGAUUCAGGUUUAGAUUAUGGAUUAUAGACUCAGCUCCUGUGACAUUUGUUUGUAAUGAAUGUUUGGAGUUCAGACGGAUAAACAUUGCACUUGUCACCGGAAUGGUUUAUGUCCAUUCGAAACUCCAUUUAAUCUAGUCUGCUUUGUCAUUAUUCAUUCAUGUCACUAAAUAUAAAAUGCACAAUAUUAUAAUGUUAUUAAAGGCUCAUAAAUUUGGAUAGCUUGUUACUUCAAAACAGAUCGGCGGGAGGUAUCUCUGAAACGUCUGCAGAAUCGGGAUGUGGGGAAACGCAUCCCAGAAAGAUUGAGAACCGUAAGAUAUAUACAAAUAUAUUUAUAAAUAUAUGUAUCCGAAUGAUGACAUCAAUGAAAACCCAUCUCAGUGAAAUCAACUUUUAUAUGCAUUAGAGAUUUAUUUACCGGUGAGUCACUUAUACUUUGUUUUUCAAUUGUACAAAGCUUGCUGUGAAGAAUUUACAGUAUAACGGCCAGCUCAACUGUUUGAGCGACAGCUUAGAAACUCAUACCGUGCAUAAGUCUCCUCUAUUCUUCAACCCUGAGGAUGAAUGUAUUACAUACAGGUCAUGAUAGAAAAAUGCAGCCUUUUUUUUCAGCUGCAUGUUUUGUUAUUCAUACUUCUUUUCUUAUCAGUUCUCUUUCAACAGUACCAAACCGACUAGAAAAAAAAGAGACGUUUAAAAUCGUGCGUGUUAGUUGUUUUUUUUACUGGUUUGACAAACAAAGAAGCUUUUGUAAAUGUUCAAAAUCAAUUAACGGAACGGAGCUGGAGCUAUGGCACCGAUCAGGAACGUGAGGCGUGCAAGACGAGAGACACUGAUUGACUCCCACCCUGACCUGUUGCCACUGGAUUCCAUCACCAGAACAGUGUUACAGGAAGUGACCGGGUCGUCCAAUUUCUUAUUUCAAUCGCCUUAAACUUCUGAAAUAUACGUGUACCUGCUUUUAUUUUCCUUUCUCUUUAAGUGUUGAUGUUUUUGAAAGGUCUUUAUUUCUUGUCUUUUUUUAAAAAAGAGCAUUUCAAUAGAUUUCAAGAACUGACCAAUUUAUAGCCAAUCUAGCAAGUAAUCUGUGUGUUUUUAUAUUGCAUACUGUAGCACUCCUAUAUCAUAAACGUUAGUAAUGUUUGGACAAUGUGAACUGAAGCAGCUGUUGCUGAAAUACAUCAAGAAACAACCAAGAGCACAAUAAAGUGUUAUUUUUAUUUCUUCUUACUAUAUUACCUGUUUCAGACUACUGUGAUAUUAAGGGAAAUUCCAAGACCUUAAUAAUCAUUU